AUGCUCAACAACGCUGUCAUCGCCUUCCUCCAGCUCUGGCUUGCUACGCUUGCCUUUGCUGCCCCCAUCGCUGACGAGGUCACCGUCACUGGCGCUGAGCCCUGGCACUAUGGAACUGGUGGUGGAAUUAUCGGCUUCAUCAUUUUGGUCCUCGAUAUUCUUGUCUGGAUUGAGGUCCUUCAAUCGAACCGCCCCGUCUCGCACAAGAUCCUCUGGUGUCUCGUUGUCUUCCUCUUCCCCGUCGUCGGAAUGAUCAUCUACUACCUCUUCUCCAACCGCAAGUCUCACAUGCGCAACUCUGACUACACCCCGGUUCCCUAAAUGCAUCGCGCAUCAGUUGACGACAGCCACGCGACACACGGCAACAACACGACAAAUGAAGAAAUGGGGCUGAGGAAUGACGUACGAGCCAACGGAACGUGGAAGUGGAAACAGGCAACAAUUAAAUCAGAUAGCGACUUGUUUUUAUGGGAAUGAAUUGACGAAACGUUUACUUGGGA